AUGUAUACAUGCGGGUGGCUGCCACGAUUUAAGUCUCGCCACAACGUUGCCAAACACGUGUACGAACGAGAAGCAGCAAGUCCCGACAAGAAUGCCGUGGUUAGUGGGAGAGAAGAACUGAAGAAAGUGUUAAAAGAUUAUGCACCAGAAGAUGUUUUCAACAUGGACGAAACCGGACUGUUUUUUAAGCUGGGCCCAAACUACACGUUAGCUUCAAAGCCUGUGAAAGGUGUUAAAAGAUCGAAGGACGGGAUAACAGUGGCACUUUGUGCAAAUUCUACCGGUGAUAUAAAAAUAAAGCCGUUUGUGAUCGCGAAAGCUCGGAGACCACGUUGUUUUGGUAGAGAUUUCAACCCGGAAGUUUACGUCCGAUAUCGUAACAACAAGAAAGCGUGGAUGACUUCGGACCUUUUUUGUAAUUGGUUAAGAGCAUUCGACAGGCAAAUGAAAUCGCGUGGUCGCAAAGUUAUUCUUCUCGUUGACAAUGCGGCCAGCCACGCUUGUGGGAAUCUGGCAUUGGGUAAUGUUAAAGUCCAUUUUCUACCACCUAAUACCACAGCACACAUACAGCUUAUGGAUGCGGGAAUUAUUCGAGAAUUCAAGGCACACUACCGACGAUAUUUAGUGAGGCUUUCGGAGGCUGAAGCGCAGUAUGAUGAAGGCGACGAUAUGCCACUGUCUGAGUUACGUGACUUGUUAAACGUGUAUAACGAGUCUGGCGCUGAUAAUGAUCAAUCGUCUGCUUUGACGGCUGAGCAGUACGUUGAUGCAGACAGCCAGGAAGAGACAUGCCAGUCACUUUGCGAUGAUGACAUUCUAGAUAUUGUGUGUGAUUCGAAAGACGCCGAUGAUCCAAGUGACGAUGAUGAUAAUGAGCCAGCUCCUAUGCCAGCUCCUUCAGCAAAGGAAGCCAAGACAAACAUUGAAUCACUUGUAAGGUUCUUUGAGACGAUGGGUGACGAAAAAAAACUUGGAACUCGUUCUCAGAAUGCAAAACUCGUUUGCCCCAAACUGUUCAAUGAGACAACCAGCUAUCACGGAGUACUUUGUGAACCAUUGAUGUAA